CAGUGAUGUGCAUCAUGGCUAGCCAGCACCAUCCCUUGAGAAAUGUUGCCCAGUAGUUUUAUACAGUCGGAAGACUAUAAACUAUCUACUCAGCUAGGGUCUUGUCUGCAAGGAAAGGAGAAGAUCAGAGGCGCCGAGAACAUGUUUAUCCAAGUUCAACGGACGCAUCUGCAGAUCCCUGUUGUCAGCCUGAAGUACAUGGUGAAGCAACUUGAGAAUGGAGAGGUCAACAUUGUGGAACUGAAGAAGAAUUUGGAGUACACAGCUUCAUUGCUGGAAGCAGUAUAUAUUGACGAGACAAGGCAAAUUCUAGAUACAGAAGAUGAGCUGAAGGAAAUCCGUUCAGAUUGUGUUCCCUCUGAGGUCAGAGACUGGUUGGCAUCUACAUUCACACAGCAGACACGGGCAACCGGUCGACGGUCUGAGGAAAAGCCCAGAUUCCGUAGCAUUGUACAUGCUGUACAAGCUGGGAUUUUCGUAGAACGAAUGUUUCGGAGAACAUACACAGCCGUCGGACCAAACUACUCAGCAGCUAUUGUUAACAGCUUAAAGCAUUUGGAUCUCUGGGACUUUGAUGUUUUUGUGUUGAACAGAGUAAGUGAAGAUCAUGCUUUGAAGACAAUUGUGUUUGAACUUCUGACCAGACACAACCUGAACAGUCGCUUCAAGAUUCCUGUUGCAUUUCUAAUGAGUUUUCUGGAUUCGUUGGAAAGUGGCUAUGGGAAGUAUAAGAAUCCUUAUCAUAACCAGAUCCAUGCAGCAGACGUGACACAAACCGUCCACUGUUUUCUCUUACGAACAGGCAUGGUGCAUUGCUUAAAUGAGAUUGAGAUCCUGGCUAUCAUUUUUGCUGCUGCUAUACAUGAUUUUGAACAUACAGGAACAACGAACAGCUUCCACAUCCAGACAAAAUCUGACUGUGCUAUCCUGUACAACGACCGGUCAGUCCUGGAGAAUCACCAUGUCAGUGCAGUCUAUCGGAUCAUGCAAGACGAUGAAAUGAACAUAUUUGUGAAUCUCACCAAAGAUGAGUUCACAGAACUAAGGUCUCUUGUCAUCGAGAUGGUCCUGGCCACAGACAUGUCUUGUCACUUCCAGCAAGUCAAAACCGUGAAGUCUGCCCUGCAGUCAAUGGAAACCAUUGACAAAGCAAAGGCACUCUCCCUACUACUUCAUGCAGCGGAUAUCAGCCACCCCACCAAGCAGUGGAAAGUGCAUGCAAGGUGGACCAAAGCCCUGAUGGAGGAGUUCUUCAGACAGGGUGACAAAGAAGCGGAAAUGGGGCUGCCAUUCUCCCCACUUUGUGACCGCAAGGCCACAUUGGUAGCUCAGUCCCAGAUAGGAUUCAUAGAAUUUAUUGUUGACCCAACGUUUUCAGUGCUGACUGAUGUGGCUGAGAAGAUUGUUCUUCCCUUAGUAGAAGAAGGAAGCAAAACCAAACCAGCAGCUCCAGUCAAUCAGUCCAGCUCUCAAUGGAGGCAGCUGUCCCUGGAUGAACAAUCUGAGCUAGGAGACAUUAAUGCAGACCUGAACAGCUUCCGGUCAACCUGGGCCAAGUACAUUCAGGAGAACAAGCAGAAGUGGAAAGAAAGAGCAGCCAGUGGAAUCACAAACCAGGCGUCUGUGGAUGAACUUUCACCUUGUGAGGAAGAGAAUAGCACAGAGGAAAAUGGUACUACUCCAUCCACAUAGAGGUCCAGAUCCACUCCCUGCAGUGCAGAAGGACUAGGACACAGGAAAUACAGAGAUUGGAUCUGAAGCCGCAGGUCCCUUGGCACGCACAGAACAUCUGGCAUUCAGGGAACUAGACAACCCUUAGAAUCCCACCGUCUGUGACAGUGUGUGUGACCCACAGAUCAUUGCACAGCUCUUUCUUUCUGUCUCUGCUAUGUGGGUCUGUCUCUCUCGUUGUGGAUCAUUUAGGUACUACCAUAUGGAACUGCCUUUGCUUUGUAAAACAGAGCAGACUUUUACUUUUCUGUUUCUCUUAGAUAAAAGCACUCUUUUUAUUUUGCUGUCAGCAAUGUACAUCUACAUUUUAUAUAUUGCCUCCCACAAACCUUUCAAGGCUCUGCAUGACUUAGUUCUCAUUUUCCAGAGUUAUGCAAAAAAGGGGGAAAUAAAACGGUUCAUAUAUGCACAGCGACAUAAAGAAAGAAUGGAAUUACCAUCCUUCAUCUCAUCUGAAGACAGUACAAAGAAGAUGGCGUUGGACUAUCUGAUGUAUAGUAACUUAAGAAAAUGCAAUAUUAAAAACUUCUUGUAUGAACAGUGGCCACCAAAAAAAGAGUUCCAGAUAUCCAGAACUCUGCCAGAACAGUGCUCCUCAAAUCAGUCCUCAGGGAUUGCCACCACACCAUCAUGCACGUGUAAUCAUCAGUUGUUAGGCAUGGAAAUCUAUCGAUCAGAUCAUGUAAACCUGUCUGCGAAUGGUUUGAGAGUUACUGAUUCUGAGCAAUAAGCACCUGCUACAAGGGAAAGAGUAUAAGAGUGAAUAUAAGACAGAGGUUGAUACAGUCAGAUGAUGGACUCACCCCUUUCACGUCAUCGUAAUCUCGUAAAACAAAAGGGACCAAAGCAUGUUAGUAAUUACCGUAGUUUUAUUAGAAGAAUGCUUAUCUAAUUGCUGCUUUACACAUAGAAGAGUGUGUAUACAUUAUUUCAUUGGUAGGAAGACACCAGAGCUCAUAUUCUUUCCAGUUAUGACCCAUAAUCCCGACUCUUCCUCUAAGACUCACCAAGCAAGAGGACACCACAAGUCCUAUGUGAAAACCAAGAGUUCUCUGACAACUCUUUUCUGAGAGCCCACAUAGCACUGCUGAAUGAUAUCCUGAAAUGAAUUUCCCUUGCCAAGCACCUCUACAUCAUUGUUUGAUCAUUCCCUGUGGCAGAUUAUCGAGAGUUUCUUGUUUGUCCUGUCCCAUAUGUGUCAUGGAUUUAGAUGUUGUGUUUUGUGCCUUGCUUUGAAGUGUCUUGUACCAAAUCUCAAAGGACUCAUCCAUUUAUCAGCGUUUCUGAAACCCGAAUACGGACAUAGCAAUUUCUCCAUUUAUUACUGAAUCUUCUAUGACUUCAGACCCCCGAACUUUCGCUCCUCUUUUUCUACAAUAGGUCUUAGUUCAUGGUUUGAGUUUUUGUUUAACAUCUCAGGUUAAAGAUUUUCAGACGGUUUGUCGCAGUCAUAAAGCAAACUGAAUCUACUGUAGGUCCAGGUGUAAUGAAGGGUAUAGAAUUGAGCCACAGUCAUAUUUGAGGAUUUGUCCAUCGUAUAAACAUUCCUACUAGCUUCAUUAUAUGUAUUCAUUAAUCAGUUACAACAGAGUAUUCCUAAUUUAUAUCCUAGAGAUAUAAGACCAGGUUGACACCAUAAGAGCUUUAGAGAGUUGAUGAUGAUGUGUGUAUCACCGAGACAGUUUCCUAAAUAGGACGACAGUGAAGGAAAGAUGAAAAAACUAACAGGUUCAUCUGGAAAGAGGCCUGUUUAGUGUAGACUGGUACCACUGAGUUCCCCAUAGAUACCAUUUAGCAGCAAUAUAUAUGAAAUGGAAGCAUUAGCUAUGUACUAGAUGAGUGUUUGCAUCAUCUGAAGACAGAUGAAAAGAUUUGUCUCGUGUUCUCUACUUAAGUGUCAGUUGUCCGUCACUUGUAUUUAAUGUAAUGUAACAUCAUACUCGUUGAAAUCCCCAUAUUACAAAGUGUCAGCGCUCCCUCCUUCUGUAGUCAUUAUCAUUCCUUUGAACUACCAUUCUACUUUGGCUUCCAUAUUCAUAUUUUGGUCAGCAAUGAUUUGUUAUGCAAUUUCUUGUGACUCUUAUGUCUUUCAUUUUUUCAUUUUGUCAUCUUUUUAUUCUAGAUUUUCCUGUGUUUACGUAACUCCCUAUGUGAUUGCUUUCUUGGCAGGAAUAUGGAUCUAGGAGAUAGUCUUAAAGGGGUUAUGCCAUGAUUGAUGUAAAUAAUGAAAAUCAGACAUCAUAUAGAACAUGACAAUCUCAUUCUAACAAAGCUAGAAACCAUUCCAGUACCUCACAUGGAUCCAGAGAUCUUUCCAUUCGUUGCUCUAAUUGUUCCGCUUGAUUUAUUUCCGGCUGGCAACUCAGGGUGGUGUGUCCUUUCUGCUGUAGCUCUUUCUCUCUAACUGCCAGAACUUCUAACAGAAGAUAUGGCUGGUGACAGUUGAAAAUAUAUACUGCGCGCGUGCGACCACCUCAGUGAGGUGGAUAAGAAAUGAGGAAACGAAAAAACAACAGGUGGCGCUAUACAGAUACAUUUUACUGAAUAGCUCAAUGGCUCAGAUCCAGGUGCUGGUUUGAAAAAUGUAGAACAUUUUACGUGGCACAACCCCUUUAAAUAUGCACACAUGUAACACAUUUUAUAUGCUGACAUGUUUUCGAGAGGUAAUUUGUCAAAGUCUUCCUUAACUAUAGGUCGGGAUACCUUGUCUUAGGAUAUCUGAUGGUGAGCUUUGGUUAAAGGGAAAAUGUAGUUUAGAAUUGAAAUGCAGAACCGGGAGGUGACUUUACCAGUUCAUUACCAGAGUGUGAAUGUGGAUUAGUUUAGGAUAUAUAGAUCAAAAUUUAUAUUUAUUUGCUAAAGAUCCAACAGGUUUUUCUUUUAUUUAAUAUCUAGUUUCUUAGGAAUUCUUUUAAGAAAAGUGAUUAAAUGAAUAUAAUUUGCACCUAUAGAUUUCCACUAUAAAUAAAGAGAAGUUUAGUUUUUUUAAUAUACCAAACCUAAAAUCCUGAUACAUCAUAUAUGACGUUUGUAACCAGAUGAGAUCAUGAACCCUGACCACUUCUGGAUAGCGACCUUUAGAAUUGUAUCUUAUAUUUUAAACACUGUAUAUCUGAAAUACACACACUAUGACACAGAUGUAACAUUACUUGUCUAUGGUCAUACAUCCAUAGGGAUAGUUGUUUUGUUUCCUUUUUUUUUUUUUUUUAACCAUGCAUUAGGUUGCAGAACAUGGUCUUCUUCAUAAGAGUAUUUGAUUCAGAUAAUGGGGCUGCAACCCAAGCAAGAAAAGGGUUCAAUUAUAUGGAGAGAUUUGUAAAUAUCUUGCUUCCAAUGUGCCCAUGAGAGGUACAUCUUAAUUUUCAAUCUUAUUUUGUAAUGCUCCAUAUGCUAUGCUUAUCGGCAGUGCAAAGAUUUUCAUCAAGGAAGAGUUAUUGAUAAUGGUGCAAAGCAGCUCGCGUUGAAUGCUCGGCUCACCAAACAGAACGCACAGUGUUUGUAUAUUUGAUCUCGGCUCUUGACUUCUGCACACUAGUUCACCACCAUUACAGUAUCAUAACUUUAGUCCAAGCCUCAUCAGCACAGUCCAAUCAACCUACUACUGUUGCUCCAAAAAUUUGUAUUGCCAGGUGAGAGACCUAAGGUACAUGUGAAAUUGACUAUGCUAAACUGCUGACAGAACUUCGUAGAUGCUGGAGAGAGCGUUACAAUCGUAGCUUUGUGGAGUUUUUAUUUUAUUUUCAGGAGUAGUGUGAAUAUGAAGUUUUAUUCCGUCAGAUUAUGCUCCUGCAAGUGCACUAGAGGUUGAGCUUUGCUGUGAGCUGAUUCACUGUCACUCCUCUCUGAGUGACAACCAUAGAGGUCUCCUGGUAAGGCUACUUUCACACUAGCGUUCUGGGCUCCACUUGUGAGUUCUGUUUGAAGGCUCUCACAAGCGGCCCCGAACGCAUCCGUACUGCCCCAAUGCAUUCUGAGUGGAUGCA